AUGACUUACCUGUGCUACCGUCUAGAGCAGCUGAAUGAAAGUGGUCCUGUCUUACUCAAGGCUGCUGUCCUUGAGAAUGUGCCAGGAAAACAUGUGGAGAUACGGUUCCGGGACUCUGGAAGCAUUCAGAAUCUGGAAAAUUACAAUCAGUACCAAGUCACCUGGUACAUCUCCUGGAGCCCGUGUGCUGAGUGUGCCCAGGAAGUGUCCACUUUCCUGCGGGAGCACCCUAAUGUCCACCUGAGCAUCUUCACAUCCCGCCUGUAUUUCUGGAAUGAGCCAGACAAACAGCAGGGGCUGAGGGACCUGCAGAAGGCUGGGGUCCAUAUCAAAAUCAUGUCUUCUCAGGACUUUGAGGACUGUUGGGAAACCUUUGUGGACCACCAGGGAGAGCGCUUCCAGCCCUGGGAGGGAAUAGAAGCAAAUAUGGACUUCUUUGCUGGGAGGCUUGCAGACAUCCUGGAGUGCGAGAAAGAAGACAACUGA